AUGGCGAUAGAGGCGGUGAAAGUAUAUGCGGCCAUAUGGCUGUUUGGUCGGGGGGUUGGGGGUGGAGGGGAGUCGGGAGGCGAGAGGUUGACGCACAGACUAGCCAAUGGAUUCGAAGCCACAAACCCACGAGUCCACGAAGCCACGAAGCCACGAAGCCCACGAAAGCCCACGAAGCUGCCGUCUACCGACCACCAGGCGAAACUUCCGGCACGGUGCAUAAUCUACUCUAGCUGCAGUGCGCUCCUCUCUCCUCCUCUUCCUCUUCCACGCCCACGUCCACGUCACACGCGCACCUACACACACGCAGCCAACCUUCGCCGCCUCACCUGGGCAGUCGCCAGUCCCUUGCCUGCUGCGCCUGCGCCCACGCUCUUGACUCCAUCGACGCGGCCGCUCCUCGCCAGACACGAGAUACCCAUAGAGGCACAACAUGGCCUGCAGUCUUCGGACAAUAUACAGCGCUCUGCAGCCGAGGCCUCGUUGAACGAUGAAUGGGUCUCCCAACGGCCCGACGUGCUCCUCAUGGGCCUGUCGGAGCAGAUCGAGCUGGCACAGGACACUUCAACACGAACUUUUGCCGCCGUCAUUUUCCGGCGCGUGUCAUCCAAGACCAAGAAGACGGCCAAUGGCACCGCCGACCUCUUCUUGACCCUUAACCAAGCUGAGCGCGAAGCGAUACGUGCCAAACUCCUGCACUGUCUUGCGAGUGAGACCGACAACUCGGUGCGAAGCAAGAUCGGAGAUGCCGUUGCAGAGCUCGCACGGCAACACACAGAUGAAGGUGAGAAAGCGUCGAAUGGACCGGAUGGGCAGUUUCUAAAUCAUCUAGGUGUCGCAUGGCCAGAACUCUUGGGAGGACUGUUUCAGGCCAGUCAGUCACCCGACCCGGCUCAGCGCGAGAACGCCUUUCGGAUCUUUUCGACCACCCCGCAGAUCAUCGAGAAGCAGCAUGAGGAUGUGGUCAUGGGCGCCUUCAAGGGCGGUUUCGGCGACAGUGAGACGGCAGUUCGCAUCUCCGCGGUGGAAGCAUUCGCACAAUUCUUCCGCUCCAUCCAGCGAAAGGUCCAGUCCAAGUACUUCUCGCUCAUUCCAGAGAUUUUGAACAUCCUCCCGCCGAUCAAGGACUCUGGAGAUGCCGAACUCCUCACAAAAGCCCUUGUCUCGCUCAUCGAAUUGGCCGAGGUUGCGCCAAAGAUGUUCAAGCCUCUGUUCAACAGCCUCGUGCAAUUCAGCAUCUCGGUCAUCCAAGAUAAAGACCUUGGCGAGACUGCCCGCCAGAAUGCGCUGGAGCUCAUGGCUACCUUUGCAGAUAAUGUGCCUGUCAUGUGCAAGAAAGACCCCAACUUCACAAGUGACAUGGUCACCCAAUGUCUGUCCCUGAUGACUGAUGUUGGCACGGAUGAUGAUGACGCGGAGGAGUGGAACGUCUCUGAAGAUCUUGAUGAAGAGAGCGACUCGAACCACGUUGCUGGAGAGCAGUGCAUGGACCGGUUGGCCAAUAAGCUUGGUGGGCAGGCGAUUCUACCACCUACAUUCAACUGGCUUCCUCGUAUGAUGACAUCGUCUGCAUGGCGAGACAGGCAUGCUGCUCUCAUGGCAAUCUCGGCCAUCUCCGAGGGCUGCCGUGAGCUGAUGGUUGGCGAACUCGACAAGGUUCUAGAUCUCGUGCUGCCGGCACUGCGCGAUCCUCACCCACGUGUGCGGUGGGCUGCAUGCAAUGCCGUUGGACAAAUGAGUACCGAUUUUGCAGGUACUAUGCAAGAAAAGUACCACCAAGUCGUCCUGUCCAAUAUCAUACCGGUCUUGGAGUCAUCGGAAGCCCGUGUGCAGGCACACGCCGCCGCCGCUCUUGUCAACUUCUGUGAGGAGGCCGAGAAAGACAUUCUUGAGCCGUACCUGGAUCAGCUGCUCAACCAUCUUCUCAUGCUUCUUCAAAGCCCUAAGCGCUUUGUUCAGGAACAGGCUCUAUCAACGAUUGCGACUGUCGCGGACUCAGCCGAAGCUGCUUUCUCCAAGUACUACGAUACCCUAAUGCCUCUUCUCUUCAAUGUUCUUCAAGAGGAACAGUCCAAGGAGUACCGGCUGCUACGCGCUAAAGCUAUGGAGUGUGCCACCCUCAUCGCUCUAGCUGUUGGUAAAGACCGCAUGGGCCCAGAUGCGUUGAACCUGGUCCAACUAUUAGGUCGCAUUCAGAACAGCGUGUCAGAUAGCGAUGACCCACAAGCCUCCUAUCUACUUCACUGCUGGGGCCGUAUGUGCCGGGUUCUUGGCCGAGAAUUCGUUCCCUUCCUCGCUGGUGUCAUUCCACCUCUCACUGAGCUUGCUGGUGCCAAGGCGGAUAUCCAACUUUUAGAUGAUGAGGAACAAGUCGCUCAGAUCCAAGACGAGGAAGGCUGGGAACUGGUGCCCCUCAAGGGCAAGGUCAUUGGCAUCAAGACUAGCGUUCUUGAUGACAAGCACAUGGCUAUCGAGCUCAUCGUCAUUUACGCCCAGGUCCUGGAAGAUGCCUUCGAGCCCUAUGUCAACGAUAUCAUGGACAAGAUUGCACUUCCCGGCCUCGCAUUCUUCUUCCACGACCCGGUUCGUGUCGCGUCCGCGAAGUGCGUUCCAGCACUCCUGAACGCCUACAAGAAAGCGCAUGGACCAGAGUCAACACAACUUGGUCAGCUGUGGGAGCGCACAGUGGAGCGUGUACUUGAGGUUCUCAGCACAGAGCCUGCCAUCGAUACCCUUGCCGAAAUGUAUCAAUGCUUUUACGAGUGUUUGGAGUGCAUUGGCCGUAAUUGUCUGACCAGCACGCACAUGAGCAGCUUCGUCGAAGCUGCUCGCGGCGUGUUAAAGGACUAUCAGCUGCGUGUUAAGGCGCGAAUCGAAGAACAGGCCGAAAACGAGGACGGCGAGGAAGCUUCGGAAGACAUGCUCUUCGCCAUCGAAGAUGACCAGAACCUCCUUUCGGAUAUGAACAAGGCUUUCCACGCUAUUUUCAAAAACAUGGGUACCUCUUUCUUGCCACACUGGGAACAACUCAUGGAGUUCUACGAGAUGGCUGUUGCCAACCAAGAUCCUACACAACGCCAAUGGGCUAUAUGCAUCUUCGACGAUGUGCUGGAGUUUGCCGGACCAGAAUCUUGGAAAUAUCACGAGCAAAUCAUUCAACCCCUCAUUGAUGGUAUGCGCGACGAUGUUCCUGCCAAUCGCCAAGCAGCCGUCUACGGAGUUGGCGUCGCCGCCCACAAGGGAGGAGAGGCAUGGUCAGACUUUGCUGCAGCAUCGUUACCAAUGCUUUUCCAGGUCGUUCAACGACCAAAUGCUCGCGCUGAAGAUGACGUGUUCGCAACAGAAAAUGCAUCAGCAGCCAUCGCGAAAAUCUUACACUACAACGCUGCCAAAGUGCAGAACUGGCAGGAGAUCGCAGCAGCGUGGAUAGAUACGCUACCCAUCACCAACGAUGAGGAAGCCACACCAUAUGCCUACGCUUUUCUAGCCCAACUAAUUGAUCAGUAUGUCCCCUCUUUGUCCUUCAACACCAGGUCCAUAUCACCGAGCGCAAAACUGACAGGCCACAGACAAAACCAAGCAGUCUUCUCCCAACCCGCCAAGAUUUUCACAUUUGUCGUCCAGGCCCUCGAAGCCGAGACCCUUCUGGGCCAAACCGCAAAUCGCGUCGUUGCAUCCGUCAAAGCGCUUAUCCAGGCCACAGGCACUAACCUCGCACAAGCUGCUGCGAGCCUGACGCCAGAGCAGCAACGCACGGCCCAAGUCUACUUUGCCUAG